CUAACCGGAGAGUGGAGAGACAGAGUCCCUCGCUGAGACGUCCUCACUGGCGCUCGGACAUUGUCAUCUAGCCACCUGUUAGAGGGAGGAGGCCAAUCUUAUUGUGCGUAUUUUGAACGCCAUAAUUUUCACGAAGUAAUAUGUGGGACGGGGUGUCUGUGGAGUACUGUACUCGGGACGGCACAGAAGCAUAUUGCGUGUAGUGCGGCGCAACGCAUGCGGACCAGCCACUUGGCUGACAGAAAUAACAAAGCUCGAAUCAACAAGAAACUGUCCGGUCAGGAUUUAAGGAGGCUGAAGAGAUUGCUCUGGCAGGAUGAAAUUUGCAGAGCACCUUUCGGCCCAUAUUACUCCAGAAUGGAGGAAACAGUAUAUUCAGUACGAGGCUUUCAAGGAGAUGCUGUAUGCGGCUCAAGACCAAGCCCCCUCCAUAGAAGUUACUGAUGAAGAUACUGUCAAGAGGUAUUAUGCCAAGUUUGAGGAGAAGUUCUUCCAAACAUGUGAGAAGGAACUCGCCAAAAUCAACACGUUCUAUUCAGAGAAACUGGCCGAGGCUCAACGACGUUUCGCCACCCUGCAGAAUGAGCUCCAGUCGUCUCUGGACGCCCAAAGGGAGAUCAACGCGCCGGGCUUGCGUCAACGCCACAAGACGGUGUUCCACCUGUCGCACGAAGAACGUUGCACGCAUCGCAACAUCAAAGACCUAAAGCUGGCCUUCAGCGAGUUCUACCUCAGCCUCAUUCUUUUGCAGAACUACCAGAACCUGAAUUUCACCGGCUUCCGGAAGAUUCUGAAGAAGCAUGAUAAGAUCCUGGAGACUUCCCGGGGCGGGGACUGGAGGGUGGCUCAUGUGGAGGUGGCUCCGUUCUACACCUGUAAGAAGAUCACUCAGCUCAUCUCUGAGACCGAGGCUCUGGUCACCACGGAUCUGGAGGGAGGGGACCGUCAGAGGGCCAUGAAAAGACUGAGGGUCCCACCGCUGGGUGCUGCACAGCCUGCGCCCGCCUGGACCACCUUUCGGGUCGGACUGUUCUGUGGAGUCUUCAUCGUUCUUGCGGUCUCCUUCGUCCUCGCCGCUGCUGUUUUCAUACGCAAUCAAAACAUCUGGCCUCUGGUGCGUAUCUACCGCGGCGGUUUCCUGCUCGUUCAGUUCCUUUUCCUGCUCGGCAUUAACACGUACGGAUGGCGACAGGCUGGUGUGAACCAUGUGUUGAUCUUUGAGCUGAACCCACGUAACAACCUCUCCCACCAGCAUCUCUUUGAGAUUGCGGGGUUUCUGGGAGUGUUGUGGUGCAUCAGCAUCCUGUCCUGUUUGUACGCCGAUUUCACCCGGGUUCCCAUGCACGCCAAUCCGCUCAUCCUCUACGGCCUCAUGCUUCUCUUCCUCAUCAACCCCUUCAAGACGUUCUACUACAAGUCUCGUUUCUGGCUCCUCAAACUACUGUUCCGUGUGUUCACAGCACCCUUCCACAGGGUGGAGUUUGCAGACUUCUGGCUGGCAGAUCAGCUGAACUCUCUCGUGAUAGUUCUGAUGGACCUGGAGUAUUUGGUGUGUUACUACAGCAUGGAACUUCAGUGGGGUGAACUCCAAGGACUGCUCCCAAAAACUCAUGGUAAGGAGUCACGGAGCGAUGACAGAUGCCAUAGCUACUCCUAUGGCGUUCGUGCUAUCAUCCAGUGUCUGCCCGCCUGGUUCCGAUUCGUCCAGUGUCUGCGGCGUUACCGCGACACCAAGCGGGCCUUCCCUCACCUGGUUAAUGCCGGAAAAUAUUCCACUACCUUCUUUGUGGUCACCUUUGCCGCACUCUAUAGCACCCAUAAAGAUCUGGGUCAUGGAGAUGCAGACGUGUUUUUUUACCUCCUGAUUGUGUUUUCGACGAUUAGUUCCCUGUACACGCUCAUCUGGGAUCUGAAGAUGGACUGGGGUCUGUUUGAUCGCACCGCUGGGGAAAACACUUUCCUCAGAGAGGAAAUCGUCUACCCACAAAAAGCGUACUAUUAUUGUGCCAUAGUGGAGGACGUGAUCCUGCGCUUUGCCUGGACGCUUCAAAUCUCUCUCAUCACCAUGACCAGAAUCCCCUCCAUCGCUGACAUCUUAACCACCAUCCUGGCUCCGCUGGAGGUUUUCAGGCGAUUCGUGUGGAACUUCUUCCGACUGGAGAACGAGCACCUGAAUAACUGUGGUGAAUUCCGUGCCGUGAGGGACAUUUCGGUGGCGCCGCUCAACGCCGAUGACCAGACGCUUCUGGAGCAGAUGAUGGACCAGGAAGACGGCGUGAGGAACCGGCAGGGGAAGAAGAGCUGGAAACGAAGCUACAGCUUGUCCUUAAGACGACCUCUGCUUUCCUCCCAGUCGAAGACAAAAGACACCAAGGUAUUGAUUGAAGAUACGGAUGAUGAAGCCUUCAGCUGAAGACGAAGCAGCCAAUCACUGCCAGAGGACUCAUCCUCUCUCAGCUUUCCAAUCAGUCCAUCACAGAGCUGCCUCAUUUCUCUCUCUAUCUCUCUCUCUCUCUCUCACACACACAUACACACACGCACAGACAUACAUGUGCACACACACACACACGCGCACUCACAGGGAAAGAUCAGUAGACAGACUUGAGCACAAACAUGCAAUACCUUUGGUUAACUGUUUGUCAGCACGCACCCACCCACACACACACACACACACACACACACACACAUACAGGCACACUCUUGGAAAAAGCCAGGAAUGGAAUUUUCCUCCAAGUACUUUUUUAUUAGACUUUUUAAUUUGAUUUCUCAAUAUUAAUACUUUUUUUUGUGUUUGUACAUUUAUUUUAAUUUCAUUUUUGGAAGAUGUAUUAAUGCAUAAACAUAUGACUGUUUACAAACAUUUGAUAUAUCAGGAUCUACAGGGAGAAGAAUCAUUAUUAAAAAUCAGAGAACUAACAUGAAUUAUAAUUUUAAUAAUAAUGAUGAUAAUAAUAAUAAUAAUAAUAAUAAUAUACUACAGAGCAUGGACUCCAGAACUGAACAAUAACCACAGCUCAUCUUAAAGAAAAAAAAAAGACAACAGCUUAAUGGUUGUUGGACUUUUUCUAUUCAUCUCUUUCAAUCGUUUUCUUCAUCGAGUCAGUGUACAGCCCUGGCUGCACUUGCAGGAGAAGUGCUUUUGAUUUCAAAAGCAACAUAUAGGAGAGAGACAUUUUUAAAUCAUAUUUAAUAUUCAGAGUUGCU